AUGGCGUGCGGGGGCAUUUUCAGAAAUAGUCAAGCUAUUCAUUUGGGAAGUUUCUGUGAUUUUUUGGGUGAAGGUGAUGCUGCUACGGCGGAGAUUUUGGCGGUUGUUUUAGCUAUUGAAAACGCCAAAUUAUUAAAGUAUAAGAAAGUUUGGAUUGAGACGGACUGUAGUAUGGUUGUUAAAGCUUUUUCGGAUCCUUUUAUCGUUCCUUGGAAGAUUAGAUCUCGUUGGCUCAGUUGUAUUGAAUAUACUCGCAAAAUUGAGUUUAUGAUCUCUCAUGUGUACCGUGAAGCCAAUUUUUGUGCUGAUCUCCUUGCGAACUUAGGUCUUUCUUUUGGUAGUUUUGUUUGGUUUAAUUAUGUGCAUUCCUCUUUAGUUAAGGAUUACCUUUUAGACAAGGUUGGUACCCCUAGGCUAAGAAUGCUUUCUUAA